AUGUCUUUGGCUCCUCAAAUCAGAAAAAUGACAGAAGACCAGCAAAAUCAAGUUUAUAUUGAAAUGAUACAAAUAGUUCAAAAAGUAAAAGCUUCUAAAAAUUCUGAUCAAAUUCAACCACAGUCCAUUCCUUCUUCAAUUAACAAUAGUACUUUUCAACCCUUGCAAUAUUCAUAUAAUAAUAGUAACUCAUACCCGACAUACCAGUUCAAUUUCCACCUACCAACAACUUCAUACAUUUCAAGUGCCUCACCAACACCUUCUACAAAUACAAAUAUGCCCAUAAACUAUGAACCUCAUAAUAUAGCUGGGAACAAUUCUAACAUUCACAGACAUCAAGUAUAUUACCCACAUAGCCAAUCAUCUGCUCUUACUCCACAACUACCCGUUACACCAAAUGAUACUGCAACUGUUAACUCAUACUAUUCACAAAAAAACUCCCCUCACACCGAAUCUUCUACUACAUCUGUACCAACAGGUCACUCUGACAAUAGUUACUACACUAAAAACUUAACUCCAUAUAACACAGAUAACACUAAUUCACAAUAA